CUGACGCCACCUAAACUCUAAUCAUACGAACAACUUAUAUCAAAGUACCGUUAUCUUCUUCUACGUGAGUCAAUCAAUAGACUCCUCCGCGACUAAUGCAACGCAAACAAUCGUAACAUGUGAAAACUGCAAUUCAUCUCUACAAAAUGAGCUCAAUCGGGGUCGUCGUCUUCCGCAACUCGCCACUCGGCAAGUCGCAGGUGCUCCAGGAAUCCGUGAAUAAUUCAGUGAAUAUAACCAAUAACGAUUCCAACCAAAAUGUGAGACGUGAAAUUAUUAUAGUGAGGAAGAAACAGAAAAUACAAUCUCCGCCUGCGACUGUAUCAGUGACUUCGUUGGUUCGUGCAGCUGAUCCAUCUUCAGGAAAUAUAUCGACAAAACGACCGCGUCUUCGGGAAAAUGUAGCUGAAGAAGCAAAUCGUGCGCCAACACCUUUAGCAGUUGCGAGACGAAACGCUCGAGAACGUAAUCGCGUACGUCAAGUUAACGAUGGGUUUGCCGCCUUACGCCGACACAUACCAGAAGAAGUUGCUGCAGCAUUCGAGAACGCAAAUUCAAACAGAGGCCCAAAUAAAAAGUUAAGUAAAGUUGAAACUUUACGGAUGGCUGUUGAAUACAUACGAAAUUUGGAAAGCUUGUUAAACAUUGGUCAGGCCGAUAAAGAAAACUCAGGACGUCCAUCGAUGGAAUCUUUUCCUUCGCCGGCAUCCUCUUCUCCUAGAGACAAUAGCCAAGAGAGAAGCUACUUUUCUCUUAAUUCACCAGCUCUUGAUGAUGAAGAUGUAGAUGAAGAUGAAUUAGAUGGUUCCUUACAUCCAAUAUCUCAGCACCAGUACGUAGAACUGGCUGGAGCGGAAUCAUUUCAACUUGUUUCCACUCCACAUUUGUACGAAGAGGAAGAGGGUUCAGGUCAACCUUUGACACCAUCAUCUGAUUUGCUUGGACAUGAUGAUGUAAAUCCUCAUCUUCUGGAAGGACAUUUUCCGUUUCCUAAUUCAGCAGAACAAUUCACUGUUAUACCUGAACAGAAUUAUCUUAGUGAAACUGAUAUACCAAUAAACGAAAAUGAUUUUGAAGUCAAAUACGCAGAAUCCAUUCAUCAACAAAUACAUAACUUUAGUGAUGAAUCUUCUUUACCUUUAGAAGCUAUCAACCCUGAUUUAAUUCUUACUCAUAAUGGCUUCAAAUUCAAAGAAAGCGACAAUGAAAUAAUAGAUGAUCAGCACUACAGUGAUAUUGAACUGAAGAAAGAGUUGCCAGAUAUUCAAGUAUCUCCAGAAGACAGAGAGCAAUUUGAAGAGACACUGAAGUGGUGGCAAGAGAAAACUCGGCAAGCCCGUCCACUUUUAAAAUCUAAAAAUGUAAAUUAAUGUUAAAUUUCAAUUUUAUUUAGAUAAAUUGUAAUUAUGAAGAUAAUUUGUGAUGUAACAUGUAGGUUAUAAAGUAAACAUACAGCUGUGGUGCCAAAGUCAGUUGCUGACUGCGCGGGCGCAAGGUGUUCCGUAACGGUCAGCAGAAUAAUGAUUCUAGUGCACGAGGAAC